GUGAGUUGGUUUUUGGAUUGCUUGGAGGUGGCGAAGUACUUUGCACGUAGAGAGAACACGUGAAAUUGCAUUGAAGUUUACGUAGUGGUGGGCGAUGCAGUUUUUUUCGAUAAUACCUUGAUUAAAAAGUCUUUCGUUUGCUGUAUGCAAGACCAACAAAAAAUAAUCCAAAGUUCAUUGUAUUCGUAGUACUUAAAGUACUCUCUUAGUUCGAGGUGCUAUCGCUUGACGUAUACCUCAAAGCUUAGCUGACUGACUAGGGUUAACUGCUGGUUGUCAAUUUAAGCUUUUACUUUGGGAUUUUUCUACGAGGAACAAUCAAUUCAUCAUGAAGAAGAAGGUUUUGCUUAUGGGAAAAAGUGGCUCAGGGAAGACGAGUAUGCGUAGCAUCAUUUUUGCUAAUUACAUUGCUCGAGAUACUCGUCGUUUAGGCGCUACAAUUGACGUGGAGCAUAGUCAUGUCCGAUUUCUGGGUAAUCUGGUGCUCAACCUAUGGGACUGUGGUGGACAAGAAGCUUUCAUGGAAAACUAUUUUGCCUCGCAGCGUGACAACAUUUUUAGAAAUGUUGAAGUCCUUAUAUAUGUAUUUGAUGUUGAGUCAAGGGAAUUAGAUAAAGAUAUGCAUUACUACCAAAGUUGCUUGGAGGCAAUUUUGCAGAAUAGCCGAGAUGCAAAGAUAUUUUGUCUGAUUCACAAAAUGGAUUUAGUACAAGAGGAUCAGAGAGAUUUGAUAUUUAGAGAACGCGAGGAGGACCUGAAGAGACUAAGUUUGCCAUUAGAAUGUACUUGCUUCAGGACUAGUAUAUGGGACGAGACAUUAUAUAGAGCAUGGUCUUCGAUCGUGUAUAUGUUGAUCCCAAAUGUUAAAGAAUUAGAACAAAGUUUAAAUCUAUUUGCCAAUAUCAUAGACGCCGAUGAGGUAUUGCUCUUUGAGCGUGCAACAUUCCUGGUAAUAAGUCAUUGUCAAAGAAGAGAUCACAGAGAUGUCCACCGCUUUGAAAAAGUUUCAAACAUAAUAAAACAAUUCAAAUUAAGCUGCAGUAAACUGGCAGCUCAAUUUCAAAGUAUGGAAGUCAGAAAUACAAACUUUGCAGCUUUUAUUGAUAUAUUUACAUCGAACACUUACGUGAUGGUUAUCAUGUCUGAUCCAGCUAUCCCCUCUGCAGCAACCCUGAUAAAUAUUCGCAAUGCUAGAAAACAUUUUGAAAAACUCGAACGUGCUAGUGAGAGUUCAGCAUUGAGCAGAUAGAAGUCGGCUCGACCCAGGCGCGUUGUCACCCGGGUCCAAACAGUAAACCACUGUUAAAAAUAAGAAUCCGAUGUAUCAUAGGGUGCCAAGGAUGAUGCUUAAACGUGGCGCUGAAUUAAACCGUGCAAGAUUAAAGCAUAGAAUGGCAGAGACACAAAGAUCAUUACAGAAUCUUUGUCUCUGUGCGUACGCAGCAUCAAUAAGUCAAUGCAAGUACGUAGAUGUAAAAUAUGAGCAUCCGUGACAUCAAACCUUGAAAUUCCUAAGGGAACAAAUCCACAUAUGAAUUUUUCUUGUGGAAAGAAAAAUAUACAAAAUAUCCUCCCCAAUCGUACAAAAUGACGUGCAGUCAAUCAUUCAACUUGUCCCUUCGUUACGACUUUUGCACUCUUCACCUCGCACUUCUUUUUUCAUGUACCAAUUUAAUCUAUUUUAUAAGAAAUUGAGAUAGAGUUGUAUUUUCUAUCAGAAUUUCUAAUGCCGAAUAUAUGAAUGAAAUUGCCUCGACCAUGAAUUUAUACGCGCAUCUAUAUCUUUACAUUAAUUUGAGUUUCGGCCGAAGUGUACAUAUACUUUCCUAUACAUUGUCCAUGUGCUUGUAAUACGUAAAUAUUAACAAUUUUUGCGAACCACCGUAAACAUUAUAAAUAAGUCGUGUGAGUUGUGGGAUCGCGUUUUCCUUUUUUUUUUCCUUUCAUUUUCUGAAAACGACUAAAACGUAUCGCAUUGAAUAACGAUAACGUUUAUAUAUGUAUAUAAUAUAAUUAAUCGUUAACAAAUAGCGCAAUAAAUAUUAUAUAUAUCAUAGCUGAUUCUAUUACAUGAUUAUUGUAUAUCGCCCUGCGAGAUAUUCUGUGGUAUAACUAAAUAAAAUGUAUUUUUUAACCAUA